AUGAUGCCACUUCCACAGGACGUGCCGCUACCUCCGGACGACGGGAUGGCCCCAGGCACCAUGCUGUACCCCAACGGACCGUUCGUCAGUGGCAAUGCCAUGAUGACCGGCACGGUCGCUCAGCCAUCUUCAGCGCACCAGGCUCUGCCGCACCAGACUCUGCCGCACCAGACGUUUGAUAACUUCUCCAAGCCGGCCAAGCUAUCGGCAGCGGCGUCGUCGUCGUCGCAGGCGGUAACAUCAUCGUCGGCGGCAGCUGACCAGGAUGAGUCCGAAGCUACUCCGACAGCCUGUCUCGCAUGCCGCACCAAGCACCUAAAGUGCGACAGAGCACGUCCAUGCGCUCGCUGUAUCGCCUCAAGCUCUGACUGUGCCUACGUCGCCUCACGCCGAGGCUACAAGGGGCCGCGACGCGCUCCUGUCCAGAAUCCCAACAAGCGUCAGGCCACGGCGCCUCCGGAGCAAGAUCCAGCCGAGUAUUACAGCCCGGUACAGCCCGUGACGGAUACGCCUGGCAUCUGUCCAUUCACAGGCACACGCUUGGUUACCGGGAGCUCUACAUCCCCGCCGUCCUCUUGCAGCAAGUCGCCCGGGUACCAGAAGACGCCCAACGGCUUCUCGGGGUCUGAGGUCUCUGCAAACAACGGCGUCGUGCCUGCCAAUAGGAACGUUGUUGCCAAUGGCGGUUCCGUUCAGCGCCCGCUUCUGUCGCUGGCUGAGAGGUGCCUGAGCUCCUUCUAUCACAACUUCCACCCUUCGCACCCCUUUGUGCUGCCGAAGGAGUACCUUCUGCGCUUCUCGCACGAGGAAUCGCUGGAGCCCCUCCUUGCGGCUGCGCGGUGGGCCGGAUCGCUCUACAUUGACGUGCCGUCGGCUCGUGCCAGCCUCCUGGACGAGGCCUACCAGCGCGUCUAUAACCCCCGCGCGACGCGCGACGGCUUCCUCGUCCAGGCCAUGAUGGUCCUCAUCAUCGCCAUGGACGGCAUGACCAUGAAUGAGAAGGCCAGGGAGAUGCUCAUGGACGCCGAGAAUCUGGCUGUGGAGAUUGCCCUCAACACGCGCCUAUUCGCCACCGUUCACGGCCGCAACAUGCCUAUCCUUGAGGAGAGCUGGCGCAGGACGUGGUGGGACCUGUUUGUCAUUGACGGCAUGAUCGCUGGUGUCCACCGGAUGACCAACUUUGCCCUCUUUGACGUACCAAUGGACGUUGCUCUUCCGUGUGAGGAGCACGAGUAUCUCAGCGGUACCAUCCCGCAACCGAAGCUUCUCGAAGAGCUGGAAGAGCAGGAGUUCUCGGACAGCGAGGAGCAGUUCUCAUCCUUCUCGUACCGCGUGCUGUGCGGCCGCAACCUGGGCAAGUUUAUGCGGACGCCGCCAAUCCAGGGGCCCGACGACGAGAACCUGGCGCGGAUCGAGACGCUCCUGACCAACUGGCGACUGCACCUACCGCCAUCGAAGCGCGACGCGCUGGACACGCAGGGCCGGAUCGACGAGAUGAUGUUCCAGGCGCACAUGAUGGUAAACGCGACGUCGAUCCUCCUGCACCAGCCGCACUCGCAGCUCGACUCGUCGCCGGCCGAGACCAUCACGUCGUGCGCGCCGCACCAGGCGGUCCUGACGACGGGCCAGCCCUUCAACUCCCAUACGCGGCACGUCAUCUCUUCGGCGUCGGCUAUCUCGCGGCUCGUCACGCUGCCCCGCCCGCCGACCGUGGCGCUGACGUGCCACACCCACUUCUUCACCUGCGUGCUCACCCUGUCGUCCAUCGUCCACCUGUCCAAGUGGGCCCUCCGCUUCGUCCAGUACGACGACGACGACCUCCGCCAGCUACUCCGCCUCAACAUCGGUGCCCUGUCCGAACUCUCGCACGUAUGGCCCGCCGCCGACCGCGCCCGCACCCAGGUGCGCUCCGUCGCUUCGGAAAUCUACCUCGCCAAGAAGAAGGUGCAGGCCACGCCGCACUUUUGGACGGGUCUCACGAGUGACCAGGUCUCUUCCUCGAUUGCUGCCGAUGAUGAUAUCAUUGAGGGAAUGGAUUUCAAAUCUAAGCCUAAAUCUUUGAAGUAG